UCUUCAUGAAGGUGGUCGUCUUCCUCCUGGUCCUCGCCGUGCUGAUGGCACCGUUCCCGGCGGCCGCCGACGUCUUCUGUGACAACGUGAAGGUUGUCGCGGACGCCCUGCCCAAGAACACCUCCGCCUCCCCUGUGCACUUCGCCACCUCCACUGUCGGCCAGGCUCCCAACGUCGUCUACGCCAUGUCCUUCUGCCGCGGCGACAUCGUCAACGACACCGCCUGCGCGGAAUGCGUGGCCAGCACCUUCGCGAGGAUAUUCCGUCAGACGCCGCCGGAGCGGGAGUGCUUCGACGCCGCCUCCUACUUCCUCGACUGCCCCGUCUUCUACUCCGGCCACAACAUCAUCAACAACAGCACGGCCGACGACGACGAGCCCUUUGCCCUCUGGAACCCCAACAACGUGACCGGCGACGUCCGCCUCAUCGUCGGCCUCAUCCGCCAGCUGCUGCUGGAUACUGUGCAGAUGGCGGCCAACGCGGCGCCACUGCGGUUCGCCACUGGCGCCAUGGACAGCGGCACCACCUUUCCGGUGGUCUACUCCAUAGCGCAGUGCACGCCGGACCUGUCCGCCGGCGACUGCCUAGCGUGCCUGCAGCGCCUCCUGGGCAUGAUCAACGCCACCAUGGCUCCGCGCAUGGGCGCACAGAUCCAUGUCAUACGCUGCUAUUUCAGGUACGAGUCGUCUCCCUUCUUCGACAACGAACCGAUGCUGCGGAUUGGCCCAAAGUCGCUGGCGCCGGCGCCAUCACAUCCCAUCCUCCCGACCAAACACAAGGGUGGUAUAAGCAAGCUGUGGGUGAUCCCCAUAGUUGUGGUUCCCCUGGUGGUGGCGGCAUUUUUCUUCUACUGCUCCCCUUGGUUCACAAGGUACAGGAAAGGUAAGGCAGGAUCAGCAAGGCGUACUCAGGACUGGCAGGGAGAGGACGACCUAGUUCUGGACGGCAAGAAUUCGGACUUCUCGGUCUUCGACUUGCAACAGAUGCUGGAUGCCACAGACAAUUUUUCAGAGGAGAACAAACUUGGGCAAGGUGGUUUUGGCGCUGUCUACAAGGGCCAGCUUCCUGAUGGGCUGGAGAUAGCAAUUAAGAGACUUGCUUCACACUCCGGGCAAGGCUUCACUCAGUUCAGAAAUGAAGUCCAGCUCAUAGCCAAGCUCCAGCACAGGAAUCUUGUGAGGCUAUUGGGGUGCUGUUCUCAAGAAGAGGAGAAAAUAUUGGUCUAUGAAUACCUGCCAAACAAAAGCUUGGACUUCUUCAUAUUUGACCAAGAUAAAAGAGCUUUACUGGAUUGGUCCAAACUUCACGCAAUAAUUGAAGGAAUAGCACAUGGACUUCUUUACCUACACAAGCACUCCCGUUUGCGCGUCAUACAUAGAGAUCUGAAACCAAGCAACAUUCUCUUGGAUGGCGAAAUGAAUCCAAAAAUUUCAGAUUUUGGGCUAGCCAAAAUAUUCAGCUCAAACAAUACUCAAGGAAACACUACAAAAAGAGUGGUUGGCACAUAUGGCUAUAUGGCUCCUGAGUAUGCUUCGGAGGGCAUCUUCUCUAUCAAAUCCGAUGUGUUCAGCUUUGGUGUUCUUGUUCUUGAGAUCCUUAGCGGAAAACGGAACUCCGGAAGCCAUCAGUGUGGCGAUUUCAUUAAUCUCAUUGGAUAUGCAUGGCAACUCUGGGAAGAGGGAAGGUGGGCUGACCUUGUUGAUGCAUCCUUGGUUCCCAAGACUCACUCGGUAGAAAUGAUGAAGUGCAUUAACAUUGCACUGUUAUGCGUACAAGAGAAUGCAAUUGACCGACCAACCAUGGUAGAUGUUGUUGCAAUGCUAAGCAGCGAGACUAUGAUUCCGGCUGAGCCUAAGCAGCCAGCAUAUUUUAAUGUGAGGGUGGGGAAUGAAGAGGCAUCCAUUACUGCAACCGACUCCUAUAGUAUCAAUGAUGUGACCAUAUCUGUCACAACUCCAAGAUAGUUGUAAUUUCUUCUUGUGGCACACGCACUACAACAAAACAUAGAUAUAGUAACACAUCCUGUAUCAGUGUACUAGCUAGUAAGGAUACAAUAAAUGUUGUAUGUAUAUAGACUAUAGUGCACAACUUCGAGUCAUGUAUCAAAUGUGUGAUUGUGCACUUUCGAGAUAAUGCAAGAGGCUUCCAAGUUGGAACAGUA